UAGCAAGGUGAUAAGAGAUGUUAGAUAUAAAUAUGGACCGAAAUGAAUCCCUCAUCAUAUGUAAUUUAACUUGAAGAAAGUUGAAUCGAUGGGAAUAAAUAAUAGAAAGAUGAAUGUAAAAACAUUCAAAAUGAUUAUGUUCCUUGUUACGCUUACUUUUCUGCAACUCAACGUAGAGGCACAACUAGUUGAUAAAUGUCUACCAAUUUAUGAAAUCAAAUUUUACAACGGAUCUUCUGCCAAUAUUAUGGCCGUUCAAUUAAAACAGGAAUAUUUAUCAGUAUCGCAAGCACAAACAAUAUGGGAUAAUAAAAACAAUGAAACAUUUUAUUUGGAAAAUUUCUUAAAUAAUUCAAUUACAGUUAAUGUUACUGAUAUAUCGACGAAACCUGGUAACUUAUUUUCUUCAAUACAAACCGAUCACUCACACGAAGAAUGUAGUGGGAUACAAGUAUCGGUUAACACAAUACUUGAACCACCUUUUUGUAUUAUCCUAAUUAAAGAUAAAACUAAUGGCACAAUUCUACCACUUAAUGUUACUACUAUAGUAGACAAAGAUUUUAUUUAUGCAAAUUAUACUGGUGGUGCAAUUCCGCUUGGAACUCCAAUAGCAUGUCACAACGAUUCUUUUGGUGGUUUGCUAAUUAAUGAAACUAAUAAUCAAUUCCUAUUUCAAAUACUAAAAGAAGAUAGUAGUACUACGGGUGUAGUAGGAGCUGCACCAAAAUUACUUAGUAUGUCAGUUAUUACAGUUGUUUUAGCAUACCUAUCACUUAAUAUCUAAUAAUAAAACCUUAAUAAAAGCUAUUAUUAAUUAUUAAAAUGGAAUAUUUUACACUUAAUGUAUACUUAUUAAUAAACAAUUACAAAUUUAAGA